AUGGAAGCUCUCGUCGCCAUUGGCUUAGCCGGAAAUGUUGUGCAGUUCGUUCAGUUCGCGGGAAAGUUAAUAUCGGAAGCGGAGUCUAUGAGGAAGAAUGGUAGUCCUAAAACGGGCGCCGAAUUUCUUGCCUAUCUUGACAAAUGGGUCAGCAAUCAUUCUUCCUCUAAUCCAUUCCGGAACGCUGGUGCGACCUUCAAACUUGUUUUUCUACACAGCAAGGUUGAUGACUUUGCCACGAAGCUCGACAAGUUGCGGAAUGCCUUGGUUCUCGGUUCGAUACUAGCUUUUCGAGCAAGUGCAAAUAUAAACUUGGAAAGUAUUCUUAUCCAUCUUAGACGACUAGAAAAGGAUACCCAAAAUCAAGGCGGGGGCUGCACGGAGAUGCUUAAAAUAGUCGAAUCGGUCGCGAGUUUCCAAGGCGACACAGUACCAAAAUUGGAAUUAAUACAUGAACAAGUCCAGGACGUUACGCGGCCUUACUUCAUCAACGGUAAAGCGGGUAGUGGGAAAUCUACCCUUCUGAAAUAUAUUGUCGACCAUCAAGAAACGAAGACUUUAUUACUCAAAUGGGCUGGCAAUGCGGAGCUCUCAAUUGUCAGGUUUUUCUUCUGGAACCUGGGCACAGAACUGCAAAAGACUACUCUCGGAAUGCUUAGAGCGCUAUUACAUGACAUUCUUGCACAAUAUCCCGAACUUAUUCCAGGCGUAUUUUCCGGGAUAUACCAAAGUUGGGCAGAUGCUGGUCUAGUUGGCUGUGCAGAAGAAAUAGAACCCCAUCUCACUGAAAUCAAGUUGGCGUUUGAACGUUUGAUACAAACGUCGGCAAAGUUUCUCCGGUUAUGUAUUUUUAUCGACGGGGUCGAUGAGUUCGACGGAGAUCAUAGGGACAUCUCAGAGUUCCUCUGCUCCCUGGCUUCGCAGCACGUCAAAAUUAUCGUCUCUGCCCGGCCUCUUCCUGUCUGUCUGAGCGUAUUCCGUGGUUGUCCUUCGCUCGAGUUACAGAGGCUCACGGGACCUGACAUGGAGCUCUUUGUAAAAGAAAAUUUAGUCGCUCAUCGCUCGAUGAUUGCAUUAUCUAGACGCUUCCCCCAAGAGACUAGGGCGUUAGUGAAUGAGCUUAAAGAGAAGGCUGCAGGUGUCUUUCUAUGGGUGCGUCUUGUAGUGCGGCUUCUCAUGAACGGAAUUGAGGCCGGCGACGACGUAAUCGAUCUACGACGAAAACUUCGUUCACUACCGGCAGAUCUUAGAGAUCUCUACCGCCGUAUGAUCUCCAAAAUGGAUCCGGAGUAUCGAAUCCAGGCUGCAGAAAUAUUCCUAUUACUGAAUACUUGGAAACAAUAUAUCCCGGACCAGCCAUUUAGGUUAAUCACUUUGUCCUUUGCUAUGCAAACACCAUCAGAAGCGUUUAGCCAGCCAAUUCAAUCAUUGGAUGCGGAAACCUUUGAAUGGAUCUGUAAGAAUGUGGAGGCACGAAUUAGAAGUCGCUGUUGUGGAUUGCUGGAUGUUUAUUCAAACAACUCAGUCUCGAGUGCAGCUUCCAUGCCCCCCAAAAACAUCGAACUUGAAGGACCAGUGGUAGACUAUCUCCAUAGGACUGUUGCUGAAUUCCUCGCAUCCGACAAUAUCUGGGACGACAUUUCUGAGAUUAUGGACGGUUCUAACUUCGAUGCCUCGCUCAGUCUCGCAUCAGCAUGUAUUUCUACGAUUAAGACCUGUCAAAUAUACCCAAGUAGCAUUCUGGUCGGCAAUACCAACGCCCUAUUGGCUCUCUGCCGGGAUACAUCGACUUUUGUAGACGGUCGGACCCUUGUGAAGUAUAUUGACCUAAUGGAUACAACAAUGACUCGAAUUCGC